GACAUCCACAAAUAGUUUUGUUGAAUUGGGUCAUUUAUUCGCUUAAUUUUGAUGUAAUUUUAUGUGUUGCCGUAACGAAUACAUUUAAGGUCCCGCUACGUUAUUCCCGGUCAGUAUGAAGCAUCUCUAUGCCCUCGUAACCGCAGGAAUUUCCCUGCUGUUAUGGUUUUCUGUAGUGAAAUGUGAAUCUCUGUACAUGACCAAGGAACGGAGGCUGCAGUUACGUGACAAUGUUCGUGAGAUGUUCCAUCAUGGUUACGAUGGUUAUUUGACACAUGCGUUUCCUGCAGACGAGUUGAAGCCCAUCAGCUGCACUGGGGCUGGGCCAGAUCGCUCUAACCCUGCUAAUAUUGGAAUAAAUGACUCCUGUGGUGAUUACUUGUUGACGCUAAUUGAUGUUCUGGAUACUCUUGUUGUCUUCAACGACAAGAAUGGCUUUAGAGAUGCUGUUUCUCGUGUCAUAAAGCAUCUGGAUUUUGAUAAAAACGUUAAAGUUCAAGUCUUUGAAGCAAAUAUACGUAUACUCGGCGGACUUCUUUCAGCUCACAUCUUUGCGAGCUCGGAUGACUAUGGAUUUCGUGUACCGGACUACAAUGGUGAGUUACUGUCACUUGCUGUUGACUUGGGUGAACGUUUGCUGAAGGCAUUUCGUACACCCACUGCUAUUCCUUAUGCCCGUGUCAACUUGAAGUACGGAAUACCAUUCAUGGAAACCCAUGAAACAUGCGCUGCUGGUGCUGGAAGCCUUGUAUUAGAAUUCUCCCUGCUGUCAAGUUUAACUGGCGAUGAACGUUUUUCCGAGGCAGCCAUUGGUGCAUUUCAAGAAGUCUGGCGAAGACGUUCUCAUAUUAACCUUUUGGGAAACAGUAUCGAUAUCAGCACGGGCAAUUGGAUAUACCCAGUUGCAGGAGUCGGUGCCGGUAUCGAUAGCAUGUACGAGUACGCUCUAAAGUCUUUCGUUUUACUUGGUAAUAUCGAGUUUUAUGAAGUUUGGAAGCUCUCAUUAAAGGCAAUCAUGCAGUACAUGGCACCGGUGGAUAACUUUUACCUACAGAAUGUGUUUAUUGCCAAUGGUCACCGGGUCAACACAUGGAUCGAUUCACUAUCGGCUUACUUUCCUGGCUUGUUGGUCUUAAGUGGAGAUGUUGAGCUUGCCCAAAGACAACAUCUGUUUUUCUAUGCUGUCUUCACUAAGUUUGGGCAAUUGCCCGAGCGUUACGACUAUAUGACCCGUGAAAUAGAACUUGAUGGUUACCCAUUACGCCCGGAAUUCAUUGAAUCAACAUACUACCUGUAUCGUGCAACUGGCGAUGACUUCUAUCUUCGUGUGGGCGAACAAAUAAUCGAACAGCUGCAAAAGCUCCGAACAUCAUGUGGUUUUGCAACGCUAAGCUCUAUUACCAAACAAACACUUUCUGACAGAAUGGAGAGUUUCUUCCUUUCAGAAACGUUAAAGUACUUGUAUUUGCUCUUUGACUUUGAAAAUACAUUUCACGCACUAAGCUCUAACUUUCUGUUCACAACCGAGGGGCACUUGUUCCCAGUAUUAUCCAUAGACCACACGUCUUCUAAUGCGGAACUGGGCUUUAUGGACUUGAAAUGUUCUUCUCAUUCCGUAACGUAUGAUCCAUUUGCUUCGGAUUCUAUCAUUUCACGACCUGAGUAUUAUUAUGUGUUUCAUUUAGUAAACGCUACUGCACCAACAUAUCUGACAAGCGCUCCAAAUGCUGUCUCAAUGGCACCAACCUUUCUACAGGGCGUUGACUUCAUCUAUGCCCCCGGAGCGCCUUUCUCUGAAGAUACUAUUUUACGAACUAAUAACGGAAUUUUACUGUUUGAUCUUAAAGGCAUUAAAAUUCGUCUUCUACAGUACGAAGCCGAUUCUUACACCAUUAGCAAAGUUGGGCCUUUUACACUACGGGAUAAUGAAUCUGUGUUUAUUGAUGACCCAAGUUAUGAAAAGUAUGUUAAGCAAGGUUAUCUAAAAUUCAACGACUCGUUAAUGUACCUCCACGAAGUUGCCUCCGAAAAUCGAGAACCAGUUUCCAUGUUGCAUAUGGGUAGUCCUCCCAUACAACAUAUACCGUCGAGACUACAAGUUGUAUAUUUGGAUGAUGACUUAUGUUCACGACCAAAGCAAAAUCUGAGGCCUGCAUAUGCAUACGUUGUGUCUAGCAAUGAGUGUCAAUGGACGCGCAAAGCAAAGAAUGCGUAUGGAGCCGGCCUUUUGGUUAUCCACGACAGCACUAAAAACGAAAGUUUACAGCAUACAGAAGCUGAUGUGUUCGUACACAAAAAUCCUUUUGAAUGGGAACAAGAGGAAGAUGAUGAAGACGAUGAUGAUACAGUCCUGCCGUUCAUGAACUACUUUUUGAAAAGUCACAUAGCACCCACCAUUUACAUCACUCAGGAAAUAGACUGGUUGCAGGAAAACGCUUUCAUCAGUCUCGAAGACAGCUGGACUGAUUCAGCCGCCUUUUUCCAGGGCGUUCCCAUCAGUAACAUGUUCCUGAAAAAGCAAACCCGGUUUCAUCUCAACGAUGUGGAAUUCUAAGAAACCGAACACUUAUACACAUGCACACAUACUCAAACUCUUUCUCUCCCUCUCUUUUCUACCCAGGAUGCGUACAAUUGUUUGUAUUUCCGCUGUUUAAAUGCUCCAACAUACAAUACCCACACGAAACUGAUUGAUGGAGUUAUUUUACAAAACUUUCCGAACCGUUUUUAAGCCCACUCGCUGCCCUCAGGAGCCUCAGCUUGGCCGUUCAAGAGGUUGUAAGUAGGAGCUUGGAGUCUGUCACGAGCCUUCAAGAAAUCAAGCUCCAUAAGGAAGACGUGUCCGAGCAACUUACCGUCGAGCUUCUCAAUCAAUUGAUCGGCAGCCAAGGCAGUACCGCCAGUAGCGAGAAUGUCAUCGAUGACGACAAUACGCUGACCGGGCUUGAUAGAGUCCUUUUGCAUGGCGAAGCUGUCAGUCUCGUACUCCUUCUUGUAUGAAACCUCAACGACCUCACCGGGAAGCUUGCUGGGCUUACGAACGGGGACGAAAGAGCAGCCAAGAGCAAGAGCCAAAGUAGGGGCGAACAAGAAUCCGCGAGCCUCCAAACCGACAAUUACGUCGACAUUCUCAAACUUUUCCUUGAUCAAAGAAACCAACGAGUCGAUUAAGAUCUGGAAAGCCUUGGGGUCUCUGAAGAUGGGGAGAAUCUAAUGAACGUCAAUUAGUAUACAUUACUUUUAAGGAAAGGAAAAGAAGAAAGAAAUGUGAGAAUGAUGACGAGGAUAAGGAGCAACCAUAAAUUCCUAUCAACGAAUAAAGCCACUAGAUCUUCACAAACAACUCGUCUUCUUAAAGUCUAUUUGUCUUCAUUCAUCUUAUCGGAAUUUAUUCAUCCGGCGUUGACGAGAAUCAUGUGGUCGCAUCUUUUUUCUUGCACUAGGAUGACUGCUUAAAAUACAAUUCUUUGACUCUGCCUGUGCCUUCUUUCAAUCCUUCAUUCCUUCCUGAACCAUCUCAUUCUUCUUUUCCAACUAGAAAACAACUUACAUCCUCAAACAGAAUUCCCUUCUUGGGGAAAUCAGGGUACUGGGCGAGCUUAGAGCGCAGGUAUUGAAUAUCGUUCGCAGACAUUGUUUUUAUAUGUAUUUCCUGUGUGAAUCUUUCGAAUUGCACUGGUUAUACUACUUGGCUGUUUUUUUUCUACUAUAUAUUUACUCUUCCGUAUUUAAAAAAAGUUUCGGUUUCCCACAAAAAAGCAGUCCUGGGCCAGACCUAUACCACGUUAAGGCUGGCGGCGAUAUCGCGGGGUCAAGUCGCAUGUGGAUAGUGAAAACUCGGGAGUAACUCAGUAGAUAAUGGGAAAAACGAAAUAUAAACCAAUACAUGUUUGAGACAAAAUUACGGCGAUUCUGACACAUCCCUUUUUUACAUAUUUUUGCGCUUCGUUAACGGUUUGUAUCAUAUUAUUCUGCAAACGAACAAUCAUGCAUAGAACGCGUGUAAAACAAAAGGGCGUCUAUUUCCACGGUAGAAUUGAUUAUGUAGAACACAAAAUAUACCGGUUUUCUCC